UUCUAACGUCAGAGAAUAAGUUUAGAUUUGGCGGAGAAUCAACUAAAUGCCUUCUGAUAAGAACAGCUUACUUCUGGUGUUUGGGUGUUUUUUGUUGAAAAGACCAAAAAAAAUUGAAGAAAAAUUUCAGAGAAAGGCCUUGACUUGGUCAACUUUGAACGGAAACUGAAAGACAUUGAAGAUGGGUAGAUUGAAUAACGCUGAAUUCCUUCUGAAGGUGGGUAAGCUUCUCGAAGACAAUGACGGGAAAUCUUCUGUAUACUUGACUCAAAAAAGAUUAUCGGUACCAUUAGAGACCGAAACCACUGGCAUCAAUGAUUUAUCAUCUAAUGUCAUUGAACAUGAAGCUUCGAUACCUUCAAAUACUGAAGAAUAUCCUGUUCUUAUUAGAUUGGCCAUGAAUGGAGAUAAAAAAGAGAAAAAGGAAAAGGUUAAAUUAUCGACAGUUGUUGAAACUACUCAGUUGGACCAAUUUUGGGUUGAAUACGCCCAAGUAAUCAAAACUGGAUUUACUGGAUUGAAGAAGAAGGAGAAGAAAAAGAGUAAGAAAUCAGGUAAGGUUACUAAAUAAACCUAGCGCAUUCUUUGAUUCAUACCUC